AGCUCAAUUGUUCUAAUUGCAUCUGUUCAUAAUAAUUGUCUUCGAACAACUUACAAGUAACCUUUGCUGUUUAUUGAUAUUUCAGGAUGACUGACGUACUCACCAGUGUUCAUAACUCUGAUAAAGUUUCCGCCCUCGUCAAGGAAGCUGAAUGUCUCAAAACCAAGCUGGAAGAAGAACGCCAGAAGUUGAACGAUGUGGCUCUAUCAUCGGUGGCCGAACGAUUGGAAAUGAUAAGUUAUUUGAACAUUAAACCACGUCGUGUUCUUAAAGGCCACCAGGCAAAGGUACUGUGCUCAGAUUGGUCGCCGGACAAGCGGCACAUCGUUUCCUCAUCCCAGGAUGGAAAGUUAAUCAUUUGGGACGCUUUUACUACCAACAAAGAGCAUGCAGUUACCAUGCCUACCACAUGGGUCAUGGGAUGUUCAUACGCACCAUCUGGAAAUCUUGUUGCAUGCGGUGGACUAGACAAUAAGGUGACGGUUUACCCAAUUGCACUCGAAGAAGACAUUUCAUCCAGGAAGAAAACUGUUGGAACGCACACGAGUUACAUGUCCUGCUGUAUUUUUCCCAAUUCAGAUCAACAAAUAUUGACUGGUAGUGGAGAUUCUACAUGUGCUUUGUGGGACGUAGAAUCUGGACAGCUGUUGCAAAGCUUUCACGGCCACACAGGGGACGUAAUGUCUAUCGAUUUGGCUCCUAAUGAAACAGGCAAUACCUUUGUAUCUGGUAGCUGUGAUAAGAUGGCAUUUAUAUGGGAUAUGCGAUCAGGCCAUGUAGUGCAAUCAUUUGAAGGGCACCAAUCGGACGUGAACAGCGUGAAAUUUCAUCCAAGUGGCGAUGCAAUCAGCACUGGAUCCGACGAUAGUACAUGCCGUCUAUUUGAUAUGCGAGCCGAUAAAGAAGUCGCUGUUUUCAGCAAAGACAGUAUAAUUUUUGGAGUAAAUUGUGUCGAUUUUUCCGUGAGCGGUCGUCUCUUAUUUGCCGGAUAUAAUGAUUACACCGUGAACGUUUGGGAUACUCUUAAAGCACAGCGUGUAUGUCUGCUGUAUGGACACGAGAACAAAGUUUCUUGUCUCCAGGUAUCUCCUGACGGUACUGCGUUGUCCACUGGCAGUUGGGACUACACAUUGAGAAUUUGGGCUUAAGCUGGUAUAUCAUCUUCGCUAAAUUAACAGUAUUACUAUUUGCAAAAGUUCUGAUUGUGAAAAUUUUGCCAGAUCUAGGCUUAACAUGAACCAUACCCUAAUAUGAUAACAUAAUUACUUGAUGUUAGCCAAACUUAAAGAGAAUAUUGGAAUAUAAAAUUAAAUAAUAGCAGGAUGCUUUGUUGGGAAUAAGCAUGAAUUCGACGUAUUUUGUGUUGUGUCGUUUAGUUUAAUUUUUGGAUCCGUUGGAUUGUAAGCAGAAGUUACCGAUGUUGUUAAAAAAUAAGGGUACUGUUAGAAUUAUAGUAAUAAACUAUAAUAUGAUGGAGGUUAUCAAAUAUUUUUGUUUGCUAGGGCACCGAUUUUAUUCGUUGAAGGCAUUUUUAAACCUAUUUCCUUGUUUGUCCUUAUGAUGUGGCUCUAGUUGAACAAGUUUUUAGAAAAGCGUUGAUGAUUUUCACAACAUUGUAUGUAGGUUUAUUAAUAGUAACCUAGUAAUAAAGCAAGUAGAGAAUAAAUGUAACUACGC